GUCUUCAACUCUCCGCUUGCCCGCUUGGUAACGGAAAGAGAGAAAAAAGGCAAUCGAAAACCUGUCCGCCGCCGACGACGACGAUGCUCCCCGCCGUGCGAUCCUGUGCCCUGGGCCGGUGGCGCCCGCCGCACCACCUCCUCCCGCGCCUCCUCUCCUCCUCCUCCGCCGGAGCCUCUCCCGCGCGGCCCCAGGCUGCGGCGCUGCUGGAGCUCCCGGAGGUGGAGAAGGUGCUGCGCGACGUCCGGGCGGGCGACGUGCGCGUCUUCCCUGUCGGCGAGGGCGGGCUGCACGGCGGCGCCUGCGCCGACUACAUGGUCGUCGCCACAGGCCGCUCCGACUGGCACGUCCGCAACAUCGCGCAGGCGCUCCUCUACAAGAUAAAGCAGAAGCAGAAGGGCUCUGACAGAAUAUUGAUGCCAAGUGUGGAAGGUCAGCAAGCUGGAAAGUGGGUUGUCAUUGAUUCAGGAAGCAUAAUCAUCCAUGCACUUGAAGAAAGGGCAAGAGAAUAUUAUGAUUUAGAAAGCAUUUGGUCAAAAGAGGUGUCUCCUAAUACUUCUGUUCAGAAUCCUCUGCAGGAGUUGGAGACCUCGCUAGUAAAGACACGUCGGAGGAACCUGUCGCAGAAACCCAUGAAGAGCCUCUGAACUCGAUGGUCUGGUACCAUGAUCCACGAUACUGUGAGAUCGUUUUUUUAUUCCUCCUGUAACAUCCUCUAGUUUCCAGAACUCUCGUCUUACUUUGGGAUUAUCUGUAAUGGACUAAAAUCGCUUUGAUGUAAAGAUCCAUUUGCAAACUUUUUACUGAAAGUUUACACAUGGUAUUGGGACUGACGAACCAGUGUCUGUCAGUUCACUGCA